CUGAAGUGAAAGCUAAUGAAAGGUUAUUGAAACUUCACUUUUGAAAGUUUUAAUGGUAACUGUGUUGGCAUAUUCACAUCUGAUCGAGGGCUGAGGGAUUCAAAUUAAAGCAAAUAUUAAAUGUAGUGGUUUCACGCUCUCAUGCAUUACGGUUCGACAGAGAGAAAUUAAAAGGUCACAUCUUUGUAUUCAAUCAGGAUGUUGUUUUUUAAAUGAGGUAAAUAGGAACAUCUCCUUCUCUCAAAGCUUCUUUGACAACAGAGAUGGCUAAUCAUCUAAUCAGCAGAUCCCUUCUGCAGGUAAAUGAGAUGCUCCCCUAUGAGUUGAGACAGAGCAUUCGAUGCCCUAAAAAGUAUGGACAGACUGUUAAGGAGAGGAACUUCUUGUUGGCUCCGCCGUUCGGUUCAGAGCUCAUGUUUGAGGAGCACGACGCCGAGAAACCGCUGGACGAGAGGUACAUUAGGAAUGCUGCGGUUAUUCCAGAUCUCUCUGAUCAGCUGUGCAGCGCCGAAGCUGUCGAGACGGAGGAGACCUCGGGCGCUGCUCUGACGAUCCAUGGGUAUUCAGUGGAAGACUUUCAGAAGACCUAUCACUCUGUGGUGGAUCCGCUGCUCUACAGGCCCUGUGGGAAGCUGAAGCCUUACAGCCUGGAGCUGGGGUUUACCAUCAAGGAACACCUGCUGGACGGGCUGGCUUACCCGACACUGGAGAUUUCAGAGCGCCCAGAUGGAAAGAUGGAAGUGACGGAGAGGUUCUGUGUGCUUCGUUCACCACCUUAUAUAGAUGUAGACUGUAAAGGGGAUCCGUGGUAAAAUUCCUCCAAAGACUUUCUAUAAUAAGCAUGAUGGGUUUGCUCUCUGUUAAACUUAUUACUAUAUACUUCUAUUGGAUGUUGUUUUGUUUUUCAGCCAAAUCUGUACAAUUUGAGAUGUAUUAUAAUCCUUACUGUGAAUUUUUAUCAGGCGUAUUAGUCUGCAGGUACAAAGUUUUUAUAUUCGUGUAGUUCUAAAGUGAUGUUGUACACUAAUCCAUAAAUACAUGAACAGAAUAAAUAAUGUUAAAUUAAUAAAGACAAGUAAUUCCUAAACUAAAAAUCCUAAGUUUAAAA